AUGUGGGUCCUUGAGAAGAUCAGGGAGAGCAUGGAGAGCCUUCCUAAGGAGUUGAGUCGUUACAUUGGAAAGAAUGAGGAGGAUACACUUUUCCCUUCAAAGGCUAGCCUCUCAAGGAAUCUGCACAACAAUGUCCUAACCCCAGACAUGAUCCCAGAGUUCUGUCUGCCUCCACGGCUUCGCAGGCAAAGCCCACUGCUAGAAGCUGAGGAAAAGCCACUGUUUGUAUUCGGUCAGAACCAGAUUCCUAAGAGUAGGCAGAUUUCAGAUACGCAUGUAAAGACAAAGGAUGUGAAGACAAAAAAUGGUGACACAUCAAUGGCCUGGAAAGCUACAAAGAAGCCUUUGCCAUUCUCUGCAGAGAGCUACGGCCUGGGUGGAAUUUAUGAGAGCCCCAACACUCGGAGGAAAGAGUCUUUGUUCCACUCAAAACGCCCUGUUUAUCUGCUUGAUAGAAAUAUGCCUACUGCAGCACCAAGACUGGCAAAAGAGACUAAUCUUCCCAAGAAAACUUUAUCUGGAUUCCUUCCGGUGUUUUUAUGCAAGAGUAUGUCUGAGACAGAAAGCGAGACACCUUCUUCCAGUGACUCCUCUCCCCUCAGUUCACCUUAUUGUGUCAAAUCCUCCCUUUAUGUCUCAUCAAGCAGUGGCCGCCUUAAAGGUACAGUAUCUUGCCCUUCAUUAAUUGACAGUAAGACGGGCAGGAGGAAGUGGAAGAGAGGGGAUUUAACAGCCUCACUCAGCAGCCCAUCAAGCUUAGAGGAAAACUCAGCCAACCUAACUCCACCAGCCCUCCUCCCGAUGGAUGCUCUGCAGUGCCAGGAAAGACUUCAGCGGGAGCAUGUCCUCCCAUUGCAGGGCCAUGGCAGAGUGCGCCUUUCCGCUGAGCACACCAAAUUCUCCGACAGGUCGUCGUCAUCCUUAUCCACAGUCCGAGUAUGUGUGGUGUCUGUGGAAGGCCUGUGGAGUGAUACUGACCGACAGACACUGAACUGUGCAGUGAGUCUGUGUCUGACUCCCGGGAAGCUGCAACAGCAGGAGAGUGCCACCAUCAGGAACUGCCGGAGCCCAGUUUUCAAUGAAGAUUUCUACUUCACAGAGCUGAGUCAGAAAGAUCUAAUGGAAAUGCAGCUUAGGUUGAAAGUAGUGCAUAAAGCUGCAGCUGGAACUCUGAGAAGGGGGAAAGUGAUGGGAGUGAUCACCAAACCUCUGUCUCAGCUGCUUAUUUGA